AGCAACUUGAACUCCCUAUACCAUCUCAUCUGUGAUCUGUGUGCUCUUUCUUAUAAAUUGGGAUGCCUGUGGAACAGCAGCUAGUAUCGGAUGCUGAGCUCGAGAAGCUCGAAUCUGUUCUGUUGAACAAGGCGGGGGACGUUUCCCUUCACCGACGGUUUCGGGCGUUGUUCACCUUGAGGAAUUUGGAUGACGACCGAGCGGUAAAAGCUAUCUCCAAUGGGUUCGCUGAUGAGUCGGCGUUGUUGAAGCACGAGCUUGCAUAUUGCCUGGGCCAGAUGAAGCGUACAUCCGCACUUCCGAUCCUCGAACAUGUCCUUCGAGAUACCCACGAAGACCCCAUGGUACGACACGAAGCCGCCGAAGCUCUGGGUGCGAUCGCCCACCCCACCUCCAUGCCCGUCCUCCAGCAGUAUAUCUCUGACCCAGACCGCGCUGUGCGCGAGACGUGCGAGAUCGCCCUUGCCAAGGUCGUAUUUGAUAAUUCUCCGGAGGGGAAGGAGUUCCGCUCUAGGGAGAGAAGCGAGUUUACGUCGAUCGAUCCAGCGCCUCCAAGCGAGGAGAAGGAGGAGAUCCCUGCUCUCCGAGCGCGCCUCCUCGACAUCUCUUUGCCGCUUUUCCAGCGGUACCGCGCAAUGUUCGCUCUACGGGACAUCGGUACUCCUACAGCGAUCGACGCGCUUGCAGACGGCUUUACAGACUCGAGCGACCUCUUCAAGCACGAGAUUGCUUUCGUCUUCGGACAGAUGAGCGACCCACAUUCGGUGCCCGCGCUUCUCAAAGUGCUCCAGAAGCCGACAGAAGCGGACAUGGUACGGCACGAGGCUGCUGAAGCACUCGGCGGGAUUGCCACAGACGACGUACUCCUACAUCUGAGGGAAUGGAACAAACGUCCUGACGCACCGAGGGUGGUGAGGGAGAGUUGUGAGAUCGCACUGGAUAUGUAUGAGUACGAGCGGAGUGGGGACCUGGAGUACGCGGAUGGGGGAGAGACGGAGAAGGGAGGCGAGGCUGUUACUGUUGUCGUUUGAAUAGAUGGGAACACGAACGAGGCAAUCUGGAAUGUCUAGACCUGUAUGACUUGUCAUUUGUAGUUUAU